AUGGUACGAGCAUUGUCUGAGUGGCUGGGCAUGCCCGUGCCAGAAAAAUCUCUACAAUUCAUCAAGGAUGUUCUCACGGAGCUCAAGAGUUUUAACGGGAGGGAUGGAAUCACAACUGAGACUGUCACUCUGUCAAUUGCAGCAAAGAUCAAUUCACAGCCAGAGCCCACAGCCAGGGAUUUUCUCCUACGGUACCAUGGGAUCCUUUUUGAUGCCGCUGCGUCUCAGUCGCCCCUAGACCUAAGUGAUAUUGCGGAUAUCACUUGCUUGGUUGCAAAAGAGCUUCCUUCUCAGCUAGCACCAAGAUUUCAAGACGAGCUGACCUGGGGCGCACGGGAGGACUGGGAUAGUAUGUAG